CUAUCACUACUACUCGCGCGAUGAGACCAACCCAUCUGUGGCUGUGAAUCUUGCGAUCAACACGAUUGAGGAACGAAGUUGAAUAAGGGAAAAAAGCGGAAGAAGAACAAGAGAGAAGCAGUAGCAAGUAGCAAUAGUUGUGUUGAAGACACGGCAAGAAAAGUAAAAUUUGGCACAUGGUCCCAAUUUCCUCCAUCCCAGUUCGUACAUUGUAAAUACAUUUUGUAUAUAUAGCGGAGAUGAGCACACAAACCCGUUCCGGAGGUGGUGGCGGUGGCCGUAACAAGUCCAAAGCCAACAAGGAGAACAAAGAGAACGCUGGCACGGACGAUCCGCAGCAGCAGAAAGCGAUCAAUGCUAGCAACAACUCCGGCGGUGGCGUUGAGAAGCAGAAGCAGAAAGGCACAGAUAAAAGUGGCUCCAAGAAUGACAGCAUCGAUGCAAAGGACAAACAGCAUCAGCAGACGGGCACAAAUGCCAUCAAGACGAAGCAACCGACAGCCGAACAGAUUCGCAUUGCUCAAAUCACAGAUAUUAAGAGUGGCAUGGAUGACCCAAAGAUACAGGAAAAAAUCCAGAAGGUAAUGGAAACAACACAGCGCUCAGAGGAGGAUGUUUGCUGCGCUCUUCAGGAGUGUGACAAUGACAUGGAUCGAGCCGUGAACUUCCUGAUGGAGAUACUUCCUGUAGGAGCUUUUGCCACAACGUGCAAGAAGAAGAAAACCAAAUCACAGAACAAAGACCAGAAUGACGCUGGAACUGGUGACGGUGAUUGGGACAAUGCUGGUUCAAACGCUGGUUCUGGCCUCGGAGGAAGCGCCAAUGUAGAUCCUAGAGAUCGACGGGGCGCUCGAGGUGGCAAUUCUCAGCGUUCCGGCGGUGGUGGUGGCCCAGGAUCUGGUCGCGGAGGCCGUGGCAACUUACGCGACGGCGAUCGAGGUGGUCCCCGUGGACCGCGUGGUCGCGACGGUGAUCGGGGUGGUCCAGGACGCGGAAGCUAUGGUGGAGGAUCGCGUGGAGGACGUGGUGGAGGCCCACGUGUUGGUACUCGCGGUCCAGGUUCGCGGGAUCAAAACCGUGCACCACGCAUCGAUCACCAGGAGAUCGACGCUUGGGAUCCAGUAUCUUCUUGCAAUGCCAAUGAUCUCAAUAAACCGGAAGAAUCUUCUGCAUUCGCCGACACCUGGGGAGACUGGGACAACGAGGAGUACACGGGCUCCUUAUCGGAUACCAAAGUUUUUACUCCGAGUUCGCAGGCAGCCGGAGCGCCGCAAACGUUGCAGCAGCAGCAGCCGCCGCAACCGGGGGCAUCUACACUGUCGUCACAAUCUCAGCCGUCGUCGCAGUCGCAGCAACAGGUGCAGCCUCAGCCAUCACAACCUGUGGUGACCCCGGCGUCCGGUUCAACUUCGGUGACGAAUCCAACUGAGCUAUCCGCUCCGCCGGGUUUGGAACAGCAGAUUCUGAAUCCACCCCAGCCUAAAGAGACUGAUCUGGUGCAACAGUACAGCACCACCGUGGUUUCCAGCACGGCAACAGCUGCAGCGGCCGCUAGCAAUACGGUUCAGUAUGCUGAUCUCCACUCGGCACCCAGUGUAGCUACGCAACAUUUGCGUCAGGCAUUGGACAUGCCGCAAAUCAACUCUUCGUCGUCGCUCUCCGCUGAGCAAUCACAGUAUUUCAAUACAUUAUCUUCUCAGAAUUCCAAUCUCCAAACGAGUGGCGUCAACUCGUACCAACCGAGCUCUGUGCAAUAUCCUACUACGUAUGGGUCGAGCAACAGCUUCACUGAUCCGGUUACAUCUUCCCAGCAGGCUCCGGCUGUGCGACGACAACGGGCCAGGGUGCCACCACCUUCCAAGAUACCGUCCAGUGCUGUGGAAAUGCCGGGAGAUAACUUGAACAGCAUAGGUUUCCUGGAUGUGCAGUUUGGCGGUUUGGACUUUGGUACGGAUGACACCUUAGAUACUGUCUUGGUGACAGAUAAGUUCAAUGCCAAUAGUCUGGAACAGAACUCGUCGGCGUCCGUACAACCUGCUUCGGUAGUGCAACCGACUCAACCAGAAGUUAGCGAUUUCCAGAGCAAAUCCAGCGUGGUGAACAACCUGCAACCUAAACCUAAUCUCAGUACUAGUUUGCAAAGCUCGCAGAUUCUGCCCGGGCCUGCCGAUUCCCUUUCGGCGACGCAGAGCGAUAGCCUUUCGAAUAGCUAUUCUCAGCGCAGCAGCUCUACCGUGGUUCCUUCCUCAGUUAGCACUGGUGUUAAUGUGAAUUCGAUUAACAGUACAUCGUCAACACUGGAGCAACUGACAAAGACUGAUCCCUAUAGUCAGUCCACUGGGGCUAAUGCUGGUCCUGGUGGAUACCAGAACGUGUCGUAUUCAACAUCAUCGCAGGCGAAUAAAACUUCUUAUCCAUCGUCGGCUGCGCCGCAAGGAUAUAACAACUCUAACUACUCUAGUUCACAGGUGUCCACCAACACGUACCCAGCAGCAACUAACAACUAUAGUUCAUAUAAUCAAAGUGGAGUCAAUUCCUUCCAGCAGCCGAGCAGUAACGUGUCCAACACUGUUGUGCCCAACAAUAAUUCUACCAGCUCGGUCGGAGUGUCGACGGUGAACCAGUCCAAUCCGAACCUACCGGUGAAUAACAACAACGUUAGUAACAACAGUUCGAAUACCAACACGGGUUAUCUAUCCAGUCAGUACCCCGUGAGUCAGACCUCGUCGGCCUUCCCUUCGCAGCAGAGCUAUCAGAAUAGCUCUCAGAGUGUGUAUGGAAAUACAGGACUGAGCAGUAACACCGGGUAUUCUGGAAACACUAGCACCUCGUCCGGGCAGUUUAGUAACUUUAGCAGUUCGAAGCUAAAGGACACGCCUGUUUCAACUCAAUUCGAGAGUUUUCUUUCCAGCGUGGCAUCCAGUACGGUUUCCAACAAUAACAACAACACCGCCAACAACAGUGUUUCGAGCUCGUCCUCUUCCCUGCCAAAUAGCUCCGUGGUAUCCACGACAAGUAUAAGUUCACCAUCACUUGGUUUAACGAAUACUAAAGUGAGCACAAAUUCCACAGCUAAAAGCAGCAGUAGCAGUAGCGGAACCGGCGUGGUGCCCAACAUACCGAUGGUCAGUCCGUACAUCCAGCCCGGGGUGCCGUUCUACCAACAACCGGUGUAUUCGUACGAAGAUCUGCAAAUGAUUCAGCAGCGUAUGUCACAUGUGCCUGGAUACUACGAUAUGAACUACCAGACACCGACGAGUCUCGGUGCGGCCGGGGUACGCGACGCUAACCUAGGUUCCGUCGCGUACUCGACCAUGUCCGAUGGUCGGUUCACUCGGACCGACAACAACUCGUCUCCUGUUAGUAAUGUUCCAAGUACCAUGUCUCAGCAAACAGGGUCUGGUGGUCCUAUGUUGAACCUGCCAUACGCUUAUUUUUACGGCGGUAAUAUGAUGCCCGGCGGAUUCCAAUAUGGCACCCCAGCAAUUUAUCCUCAACAAAUGGCGACGAAUGCAACAUCGGGAGGACAAUUUCAGAAACCGGCAUACAACAGUGGCUACGGAACUAGCGGGUACGACACGCUAAGUCAGACUGGACAGGACUUCAACAAGAAUCCCUAUCCGUCGUCCGGCGUUGGGCAACAGUCCAAGGGACAGACUGUAUCCAAUCAACAGUCCACAGGAGGAAGUGGCUCUGAUAUUGCGCCUUCGAUGUAUGGCAAAAGCCAUGUUGCGCUAAACAAAGUCAAUUCUUACGAGAAACAAUCGUUUCAUUCAAACACUCCGCCACCGUAUAACAUAGCUGGCACGCAGAAUGCUGGAGCAACGUCCGGCCAGCCCUACGGACAGCAUCUCUAUAUUCCGACGAUGCCAACACACCACAACAUCAACAACAUGCAUCAGGUUAUGCACCAGAUGGACAAUAGGAGUUAUAAUAGUGGUAGUGGUGUGAUGAGGGAUUCAAACAGCAGUGGUCAGAGACCACAAUCUAACAGCCAGGGCAAGACUGCAACUAAGCAAGGCUACUCACCGUCUACUUAUUGGACUGGGCAGAACUAAUUUCGUGUCUACGCUGCAUCAACCUAAAGAUACAGAAAUAUAAACGCAAAAAAUAGCUCUCGUGUAAUGUAUUUGAAGCGACUAGAAAUGUAUGCAAAACAACUCGAUGCGAAGCGAAAGGUUGAAUCAAAUAAUUGAAAAAAAAAAACAAAGGUUUAUAGGCAGGCUGAACAUCCCUAAUAUAUUCUCAUCCCAAAUAAAGCGUCAAGAACGCCAGAACACAUUCAUUCGAACAAUACAUACCUACACAUCAAACAUACAAAUAUAGAUUCAUGUCACUCCUCCCCAUCUGAAGGAAACUGGAAAAGUGGAAAAGAAAGAUGGUUCUCGUUCGAGAACUCACUAAUGUUAGUACGGAAACAUUCGAUAUUAAACUGUCAAACCACAACACGUUCGAAGAGAGUGUUUAAAACUUUUGGUAGAGCGAGGAAAAUUAGAGGGAGAGGAAACGCGAACAGUUGGAAGUUCCGAACCCUUUGUGAGAUAAACCUUUCCUUGAACUUUAAAACUCGUAAAUAAAUGAAUUAAAAUCAGUAAAUAUUUCAGAUUAAACCUAUAAUUAAAGUCAAAGAAGGGGAUCUGUACACAGAAUAAAAAUACACCACACAUACAAAUCCACACUAUCGAUUGGAGUCGUCAAAGCCUAGUAAGCUUAGUAUUCAAAAGAUUCUAAGAAACACAUUCAUGAAAGAACCGUUAAACAAUUUAAGCCAAACAUUCUCUUAAGAAGACGAAUUUUGCGUUGAGGUUUGAUUUUUGUUUCAUACGAAUGAAGAAGUAUUUAUCAUUUUUGUUUUUUUAAUUUUCCUAAUCCAAUUCGCUUGUGUGGAGGAAUCACUUCAAAAUAAACUUCAAAAAAGAACAACAGAUAAGAAGAAAAACAAUAAUUUCAAGCGCAACCUAAGUGGAAAAUAAUAGUAUACAAAGAGCGCGUGCGCAAAGACAGACCGAAAAGAAACAAAUAAAAAAAAAACAUAAAUUAAAUAACAUGUUCUGUAAUAAUUUAAUUUAAAUGUAGAAACGAAAUUUCUAAUAUACCUGUAAACAUUUUA